AUGUGUCCCGGUGCCGACCCCGAGCCCGCUGCGCAGGCCAAUGGUUCCAACAACCAUGACGGCUUCACCGGCAUUGAGACUCGCCAGAACCCUCACCCUUCCGCUUCCCGCAACCCCUACGGCCACAAUGUUGGCGUCACCGAUUUCCUGAGCAAUGUCUCCCGCUUCAAGAUCAUUGAGAGUACCCUGCGUGAGGGUGAGCAGUUCGCCAACGCCUUUUUUGACACCGAGAAGAAGAUUGAGAUCGCCAAGGCCCUCGAUGACUUCGGUGUGGACUACAUUGAGCUUACUAGCCCCUGCGCUUCCGAGCAGUCCCGUGCUGACUGCGAGGCUAUCUGCAAGCUUGGUCUGAAGGCCAAGAUUCUUACUCACAUCCGUUGCCACAUGGAUGAUGCCCGCGUUGCUGUCGAGACCGGUGUUGAUGGAGUUGAUGUUGUCAUCGGUACUUCCUCUUACCUCCGUGAGCACUCCCACGGUAAGGACAUGACCUACAUCAAGAACACCGCCAUUGAGGUCAUCGAAUUCGUCAAGUCCAAGGGCAUCGAGAUCCGUUUCUCCAGCGAGGACUCUUUCCGUUCCGACCUGGUCGACCUUCUGUCUAUCUACUCUGCUGUCGACAAGGUCGGUGUGCAGCGUGUUGGUAUUGCCGACACUGUUGGCUGUGCCUCUCCCCGCCAGGUCUACGAGCUCGUUCGUGUGCUCCGUGGUGUUGUCGGCUGUGACAUCGAGACCCACUUCCACAACGACACUGGCUGCGCUAUCGCCAAUGCCUACUGUGCCCUUGAGGCCGGUGCCACCCACAUUGAUACCUCCGUCCUCGGUAUCGGUGAGCGUAACGGUAUCACCCCUCUGGGUGGUCUGAUGGCCCGCAUGAUGGUCGCCGACCGCGAAUACGUCAUGAGCAAGUACAAGCUCGAGAAGCUCAAGGAAAUCGAGGACUUGGUCGCUGAGGCUGUCGAGGUCAACAUCCCCUUCAACAACUACAUCACCGGUUUCUGUGCCUUCACCCACAAGGCUGGUAUCCACGCCAAGGCCAUUCUUAACAACCCCAGCACCUACGAGAUCAUCAACCCCGCCGACUUCGGCAUGACCCGCUACGUGCACUUCGCCUCUCGUCUGACUGGCUGGAACGCCAUCAAGUCUCGUGCCCAGCAACUCAAGCUCGACAUGACUGACGCUCAGUACAAGGAGUGCACUGCCAAGAUCAAGGCUUUGGCUGAUAUCCGCCCCAUUGCCGUUGAUGAUGCUGACAGCAUUAUCCGUGCCUACCACCGCAACCUCAUCAAGGGAGAAAACAAGCCCUUGAUGGAUCUGAGCGCCGAGGAGCAGGCUAUCUUCGCUGCCAAGGAGAAGGAGUUGGCAGAGGCCAACGGUGUUGCCGUUUAA